AAACUGUUAAAUCAAUUUUGCAAAGUUUUACAAGAGAUGUAAAGUUAAAAAUGUAUUAUUGAAUGUAACGUUAUGCUUUAUAUAACAUUAAAGAACGGUAUUUUUGUUGAUAAAACGCAUCCGCACAUGAUUAACAAAAGGCGCCUAACAAGUCGCUCACUAUCAUGAAUCGGUCAUUGACCAGUAGAGAUGAGAGAAACCGAGCUUUUUGAAACUCAGGAGUCACUUGAACCAAAAACUGGCCGUAAUUCUGUGAAUCACUGAUUCGAAGCGCAUGAAUCACGGCGACGACGAAAACACAAACAUUUAUUGUCCAAACACACAGAAAAACUCCUGGUGAAGCAACUGAGAUCCAUGUUACACUAUUAUAAAGAUGGCGUUUAUUAAAGAGGAGAGUGAAGACAUAAAGAUUGAAGAAGAAGAAACCUUAAGAGUGAAACAAGAAGAUAUUGAGAGACAAACAGAUCUGAUGGCAGUGAAAGAGGAGAGUCAAGAGGACACUAAAAAGGAAGUCAAAGAUCUGCAUGCUAAACAUCAUGAUUUAUUAACUGGAGAAAAAACCUUGAAUUGCUCACUGAAUGAGAAGACUUCAAAAAGAAAAAGAGCUCAAAAUAAAGAAAGUAAUAUGACCUGUGAAUAUUGUGGAAAGGCUUUCAUAAAACAUAAAAACCUUCAAGUUCACAUGAGAGUUCACACAGGAGAGAAGCCAUUUACAUGCCAGCAGUGUGGAAAGAGUUUCACUCAAAAAGGUAGUCUUAAAUCCCACAUGAGAGUUCACACUAAAGAGAGCCCUUUCACCUGUGAACAAUGUGGAAAAAGUUUUACUCAAAAAGGAAACCUGAAAGUCCAUAUGAGAAUUCAUUUUAAAGAGACCCCAUUCACCUGCCAAGAAUGUGGAAAAAGUUUCACUCAAAAAGGAAGCCUGAAAGAUCACAUGAGAAUACACACUGGAGAGAACCCUUACACAUGCCAACAAUGUGGAAAAAGUUUCAUUCGAAAAGGAAACCUGAAAGUCCAUAUGAGAGUUCACACUGGAGAGAGCCCUUACACCUGCCAACAUUGUGGAAAAAGUUUUUCUCAAAAAGCAAGCCUUAACAGCCACACAAGAAUUCACACUGGAGAAAGGCCUUUCAAAUGCUCCCAGUGUGAAAAGAGUUUUACACAUAAAGGAACCCUUACUAACCACAUGUCAAUUCACACUGGAGAGAAGCCAUUCGUAUGUGGUCUGUGUGGAAAGGGUUUCAGAUUUUCAAUAACCCUUAAUUACCACAUGAAGAUUCACUCAAAAGAUAACUGUUCUGUAUGUCACCAAUGUGGAAAACGUUUCACAGACAAGAAACACCUUAAGAAUCAUGUUGAAAUUCACAUUGGAGAAAAGCCUUUCAUGUGUCAUCACUGUGGAAAGACAUUCAAAAACAAUGCAAACCUUCAGAUUCACAUAAGAAUUCACACUGGAGAGAAGCCUUUCACCUGUCUUCAGUGUGGAAAGAGUUUCACGGUUAAAGGAAACCUUGACAUUCACUCAAGGGUUCAUACUGGAGAGAGGCCUUACAGUUGUCUUAGGUGUGAGAGGACUUUCAAAUAUCAUAGAGACCUGAAAUGUCAUUUGCUAACUCAUUCUAGAAAGAAAUUACAAAGAUCUGAGUGUGACAAGAGUUUAACGAAAAGGAGCAAUUUAAGAAAUCACCUGCACAUUCACUCUGGAGGAAGGCGAUUUAGUUGUGAUCAGUGUAAAAAAACAUUUCUUUUGCAAUCACAUUUAAAGAUGCAUGUGAAAAGUCACACAGAUGUGAGACCCUAUUCUUGUUCUUUUUGUAGAAAGCAUUUUAAAUGGCUCAGCAAUUUAAAAUGGCACCAGAAAUUAUCUACCUGUGUGAAAUCAAAGCUACGUUCAUGCCGCAGAUGAAUGUGGCCCAAAUUGGAUUUUCUGCUCAAAUGGUUUUUUUUUGUUUGUUUGUUUUGUUUUUUGUUUUAAAAUAUGGCCCAUAUCAGAUACUUGUCUGAACAGGUGAUGUUCAUACAAAACUCAAAUCUUCAUUGAUUUAGUGGUGUUAAAUUCUUCUAUUUUCGUCUUUUAUCUCUUUAUACUUUGCCUUGAUUUUUUCUUUUCUUUUCGGCAUAUGAAUACCUGUGUCCUUUUGGUAUAAUUGCAAAUAUUGAGUAAUUGAGGUAAACGUCUUAUAAUUUCGAUUGUAUAGAGAUGUUACUCAUAUACACUAUAUUGACAAAAGUUUUGGUACACCCCUCCAUAUCUUUGAAUUCAGGUGUUCCUAUCACUUCCAUGGCCACAGGUGUAUAAAAUCAAGCACCUAGGGAUGUAGACUGCUUCUACAAACAUUUGUGAAAAAAUGGGUCACUCUCAGGAGCUCAGUGAAUUCAA